CCUUUCUCUGCCUCUUAGUAGCCGGCGGUGGCGGCGGCGGCGUCUCGGGCUGCAAUGGAGACUUCCGCGCCGGCGGCCGCAGCUCUAGGACAAGAGGCGUCCUGCUCCUCCUGGGGAGCCGGCAGUACUAAUACACAUUUACCUAUCGUGUCUACAGAAUCUGUGGAGAUUGAUGAUGCAUUAUACAGUCGACAGAGGUAUGUUCUUGGAGACACAGCAAUGCAAAAGAUGGCCAAGUCCCAUGUCUUCUUAAGUGGCAUGGGUGGUCUUGGUUUGGAAAUUGCAAAGAAUCUCGUUCUUGCAGGAAUUAAGGCACUAACAAUUCAUGAUACAGAAAAAUGCCAAGCGUGGGAUCUAGGAACCAACUUCUUUCUCAGUGAAAAGGAUAUUAAUACAAGAAACAGGGCUGAAGCUGUACUUCAACAUAUUGCAGAAUUAAAUCCAUAUGUUAAUGUGGCAUCAUCAUCUGUCCCUAUAAAUGAAGCCACAGAUCUAUCCUUCUUAGAUAAAUACCAGUGUGUAGUCUUGACUGAGACCAGACUUAUAUUACAAAAGAAGAUCAAUGACUUUUGUCGUUCUCAGUGCCCUCCAAUUAAGUUCAUCAGUGCAGAUGUAUGUGGAAUUUGGUCACGGUUGUUUUGUGAUUUCGGAGAUGAAUUUGAAGUCUUAGAUACUACAGGAGAAGAACCAAAAGAAAUUUUUAUUUCAGACAUAACGCAAGGUAAUCCUGGCAUUGUUACUUGUCUUGAAAAUCAUCCUCAUAAACUUGAGACAGGACAGUUCCUUACAUUUCGAGAAGUUAAUGGAAUGACAGGCUUAAAUGGAUCUACAAAACAGAUAACUGUGAUUUCGCCAUUUACCUUUAGCAUUGGUGAUACUACAGACAUGGAGCCUUAUUUGCAUGGAGGCAUAGCUGUACAAAUUAAAACACCUAAAAUAUUUUGCUUUGAAUCACUGGAGAGGCAAAUAAAGCAUCCAAAGUGCCUUAUUGCUGACCUUAGCAAGCCUGAGGCACCUUUACAGAUUCACUCAGCUAUGCUUGCCUUGGACCAGUUUCAGGAGAAUUAUAGACGCAAGCCAAAUAUUGGAUGCCAGCAAGAUUCAGAAGAACUGUUGAAACUAACAACAUCUAUAAGUGAAAUCUUAGAUGAGAAGCCUGAUGUAAAUGCUGACAUUGUGCGUUGGCUCUCUUGGACUGCUAAGGGCUUUUUACCCCCACUUGCUGCCGCAGUAGGGGGUGUAGCCAGCCAAGAAGUAUUGAAAGCUGUGACAGGAAAAUUCUCUCCUUUGUGCCAGUGGUUAUACAUUGAAGCAGCAGAUGUGGUUGACUUCAUAGACCAACCCGAACGUGAAGAGUUCCUCCCAAGAGGAGAUCGAUAUGAUGCCUUACGAGCCUGCAUUGGUGAUACAUUGUGUCAAAAGCUGCAAACUUUGAAUGUCUUCUUAGUGGGAUGUGGAGCUAUAGGAUGUGAAAUGCUAAAAAAUUUUGCUUUACUUGGUAUUGGCACAAACAAAGAAAAGGGAAUGGUUACAAUUACAGAUCCUGACUUGAUUGAAAAAUCCAAUUUGAACAGACAGUUUCUAUUUCGUCCUCAUCACAUUCAGAAACCUAAGAGCUAUACUGCUGCUGACGCUACCCUGAAAAUAAAUCCUCAAUUAAAGAUAGAUGCGCAUGUGAACAAAGUAUGUCCAGCCACUGAAAUUAUUUACAAUGAUGAGUUCUAUACUAGACAAGAUAUAAUUGUCACAGCACUAGAUAAUGUGGAAGCCAGGAGAUAUGUAGACAGCCGCUGCUUAGCAAAUCUGCGACCCCUCUUAGAUUCUGGAACAAUGGCCACUAAAGGACACACUGAAGUUAUUGUACCUCACUUAACUGAAUCCUAUAACAGUCAUCGGGAUCCCCCAGAAGAGGAAAUACCAUUUUGUACUCUAAAAUCCUUUCCAGCUGCUAUUGAACAUACAAUACAGUGGGCAAGAGAUAAGUUUGAAAGUUCUUUUUCCCACAAGCCUUCCCUAUUUAACAAAUUUUGGCAAACCUAUUCAUCUGCAGAAGAAGUCUUGCAGAAGAUUCAAACUGGGCACAGUUUGGAAGGCGCUUUUCAAGUUAUUAAGUUACUUAGCAGAAGACCUAGAAAUUGGUCCCAGUGUGUAGAAUUAGCAAGAUUAAAAUUUGAAAAAUAUUUUAACCAUAAGGCUCUUCAGCUUCUUCAUUGCUUCCCAUUGGACACACGAUUAAAAGAUGGCAGUUUCUUUUGGCAGUCACCAAAGAGGCCCCCUUCUCCCUUAAAAUUUGAUUUAAAUGAACCUUUGCACUUCAGUUUUCUUCUGAAUGCUGCAAAAUUAUAUGCUGCAAUCUAUUGCAUUUCAUUUACAGCAGAGGACUUAUCACCAGAUGCCCUCUUGAAUGUCCUUUCCAAAGUAAAGAUCCAGGAAUUCAAGCCUUCAAACAAGGUUGUUCAAACAGAUGAAACUGCAAGGAAACCAGACCAGGUUCCUGUUAGCAGUGAAGAUGAAAGAAAUGCUGCUUGCCAACUAGAAAAGGCUAUUUCAUCUAAUGAAGCUACCUUAAGUGAUCUUCAGAUGGCAGUGCUUUCAUUUGAAAAAGAUGAUGAUCAUAACGGACACAUAGAUUUUAUCACAGCAGCAUCAAAUCUUCGUGCAAGAAUGUAUAGCAUUGAGCCAGCUGACCGUUUGAAAACCAAGCGUAUAGCUGGCAAAAUUAUACCUGCGAUAGCAACGUCCACUGCUGCAGUUUCUGGCUUGGUUGCAUUGGAGAUGAUUAAAAUAGCUGCUGGCUAUCCAUUUGAAGCUUACAAGAAUUGUUUCCUUAACUUAGCCAUUCCAAUUAUUGUGUUUACAGAGACAUCUGAAGUAAGAAAAACUGAAAUUAGAAAUGGUGUAUCAUUUACAAUUUGGGAUAGAUGGACAAUACAUGGAAAAGAAGACUUCACCCUCUUGGAUUUCAUAAAUGCAGUCAAAGAGAAGUAUGGAAUUGAGCCAACAAUGGUGGUUCAGGGAGUCAAGAUGCUUUAUGUUCCUGUAAUGCCUGGACAUGCAAAAAGAUUGAAGUUAACAAUGCACAAACUUGUGAAACCUUCUACUGAAAAGAAAUAUGUGGAUCUUACUGUGUCAUUUGCCCCAGACACUGAUGGGGAUGAAGAUCUGCCUGGGCCUCCAGUAAGAUACUACUUUAGUCAUGACACUGAUUAACAGAAGUUGUCUUAAAGUUACUCCACGACUAACUGGUUUUGAAAAGGAUAUAUUCGUUUCAGAAACUUAAAAGAAAUUGAUAAUUCCAUGGAUUUCUCUUUGCUGAAGCCUUAAGGGAAACAUCAGUAGAAAAUUUACAGUGAAGAGUUGUUGCUUCCUAUGUGAAUAGAAUCACAAGCAACUUUAAACUGGAAUGCCAUUUUCUGCUACUUACAACUCAUUUGUGUAUUAACUGAUGAAAAGAAGGAAAAUAUAUAUUCAUGCUGAGAUUAAAAAGAUCAAGAAUUUGAAUUUUUAACUGUAACUAUCUAGGUAGUUUAAUCCUAUUUUAUGAGGGUUUUUGUUUAGUAUUUGAGGCCCUUAUUUCUGUACAGAUAGUUUUUGGCACCAUGCACCUCUUGUGAUUUAGGAUUUGACUUUAACACCUGCUGAAAAAAAAAAAGAGGUGGUAACAGUGGAUGAUGAGUGGACAUUAUAAGUUGUGUAGAUGCCCUUUACUGUCCUGUUAGCUCUUCUAGUUUGUUAUAUUACAUCUCCUCAAAAUCAGGGUCUUGGUUUAUAGAUAAGUGUUGUUAAACCUUAGCAAGUCAGAAGACACGUUAACCUGGACUAAAAUAUUAACAGUAUUAUAUGGACUCAGACAACCUUCAUAAAAAAUCCGUGAAUGUGAACAGGUAAAUAAUCAUUUGAUUCUUCAGAAUGCCUUCCAAUGUGGACAGCUUAUUUAUUCGGAAUAAAUCUGAAUGUUGUAAUACAUAAGACAAAGAGGUCUUGUGAAGGGAGUGUCCUUGGAAGUAGAUGAAAACAAGAAAUUAAAAAAGCAUCACUGA